AUGAGUCCGGCCGCUUUCCAACUCUGGAGGGAUUAUUUCCAGCUGGCCAAGUUGGUGGAAGGGAUGAGCCGAGACGGACCCUCCGAAGGAGAAGAAGAAGAGCCCGCACCCCAGGCGCCGGAGUUGCAGCCGGAGCAGCAACUUUUAGCGCGGCGGAGGCUGCGGAGGCGGCAGCAGCAGCUGGACGAGCCUCCCUCGGCGGCGCGUGGAUGGGACGAGCCCGGCUGCUCUUUCUGCAAGCAGAACGGGGAGUCGCGCUCCAUCUACACCUCGCAUUGCUUGAAGGACGAAGCCGGCUUGGUGCAAUGCCCGAUCUUGAGAAGAUACCAAUGUCCUCAAUGCGGAGCGUCGGGGGAUUUGGCGCACACCCGGAGGUUCUGCCCUUUAACCAAGCAGGGCUACACGUCUGUCUACACCAGCUGCACCAGGAACUCGGCUGGGAAGCGGAAAAAAAAGAGGAGCCUGUAA